AGAACCUUUGGCUCGGAUCUUCGCUUAGACCUUUUGGUGUCUGGGUGCCGCUUUGGAGAUGCCUGAUCGCAAGGAGUGCGGCGUGUACUGGGGCAAGGCUGGUCGCCUACAGCCCGGCCUGGGGGCUCAUGGUUGGCAACGGGCCAUCUCAAGCCAGGCUUGAAGCAGGCGCGAACAAGACCUUCAACAUCAACGUGGUCUCGGUGGAUGGCAACGUGGGGGUCGUGGACAUGAAGGCCGACGGUGUCCACCCGGGGCAGUGCAACGGCGCGCAGUUCCAGAACAACGAGGGAGCCAUCACCCUCGAGAGCGACAACAGCUGCGGCUUGUCGGAUCUUCCUGGCUACGAGUACAACGUACAGUACUGCUCUGAUCAGGACCACCUCAUCGUGAACCUCGUGAAGCCUAUCAACGUCCGGGUGGUGCUGAACAGCCAGACCUGCGCGCCGGCGGGCGAGGUGUGAGGAGGCGCCACGAGGUUUUGCUAAUGGCACUGGCCGGCUUGGUGCUGGUCCCUGAGCUGCGUUUUCCGCGUGGACCAUUUCAGGGUAAAAGCCUUUUGACCGCUG